AUGUCGCGACGCAAGUAUAAGGCAUCUCUGUCAAUCCACCUACUCAAUGCUGCCAAAGCAUGUGUCCCGGCCCUCUGGAGGUCGACCCAGACCCCAUCACUGCGCCUCUGGUUCACAAAGGUCAAUGAGAUUAACCAGCCACUGUCCACAAUACUGAGGAAAGAUUCCGGGACACUUGUAGAGCGUGGACGCACUUCACCACGACUGACCCAGGGAACACCUGCUGGCCUGAGGAUGGAUGUUUUUACAGCUGGAACCACCAUUGGCUACGAGAUGGAUUCUUCUUCUAUACCGACUCCUGAUGUUGACUUUGAAUAUAUUGCAGAGGUGUCUAAGACCCUCGAUAUGGCUUUGCGAUCUUCAGACUAUGAUAACAGGUCAUCUGAUGAAGAGUCUUUGGAGCCAAAUUUGGAUGAAGGAUCAUUGAAUCCCUCCAAUAUUCAAGAUGUUCCGAUUUGGUUGCUAUCACUCAUCCUGGUGGCUAUCUCCGGAAUCCUUAUUGUAUUAGCAAUGGGCUGUUUAUGCCUUUUACGCACCUAUCUGAACCAUCGAUCAAGAAUCGAUAAGAUAAUGCCGGUUCUAGAGUCCGUGAUUAUCGACAAUAGGGAAAUCAAGGAGGAGCGCAAACACCAUUUCGUUCCAUCUCAUGAAGCGCUAGGAGAAAUGAUGGAUGAGAUAUUGGAGGAGAAGCAGUUAGUCAACAUGUUCAACCAGCAGCAGCAGCAGCAGCAGCAGCAGCAACAGUUCCAUCAGCUGAUCCAGCUUCAGCAUCUUCUGCAGCAGCACCAGCAAACUGUACAGCCAGCAGCACAUCACCCACCCACAACUCAGCACCAUCUGCCUUCCCAGCAUGCGGCCCACAGGCCGAUUCCAAAUGCAGUCCAGCAGCAGCACCAAAUGUUGAACUUGCGACAAGGCAGCCCUGCCAGGCUUCUCAACACUCAUCCCAUGAUACAGCGAGCUCUGCUAAUGCAGCAAAUGCAAGGUAAUCUCCGGGGUCUCAGCAUGGUUGCCCCUCCAAUGCCGCCCUUCUUUCCCACAGCCGCAAGACACUCCAUUCUGGGCAUUCCUCCUAUGGGUGUCACUGUGAAGGGUCCAAGUAUGACGUUUCCACCACUUCCAUUCACACAGCCUCGGCAUUAUCACAAGGACCACUACAAAGGUCCUGACACAAAGAGAGACUACGAACCGCGUUCUUCCCUUCCUGAUACCAACUUGAAAAAAAUGAAUGCAGAAUUGGCCCCUACAGCAUCGGAGGCUGAUGAAAAUAUAACUUCUGAAGACGCUGAAAAUCGAACCGAAUGCAGCAUUACCGACCCCCUUGAACCUUCAGCCAAGAGAGCAAGGAGGUCAGAAAGUGGUACGGAUGAGGCCAGCUUCACUGUAGAAGGUACAUCAGAAAAGGGGACUAUUGCUGAAGAGCGAAGUGUGGAAUCUCAGUCUCCUGAGGGAGUAAGCGGAGGACGUGCCCUGAAAGUGACCAUCCAGCUACGAAGUGAAAGUCGUACCACAGCUCUGCAGCCCACCUGUCAUGAGAAGAACAGCACAGCAGGGAGCUCCGUGCAAAACCAAUCCAGAUUUUGCUGUUGCGUGUGCAAAACCAGCUAUCACAGUCUACAGAAUUUCCAGUCUCACCUUGCCACAGUACCGCAUCAACAUAAGCUCCAGGAGAUUGAGCACAUGAGUAAUGCCUGUCUGGUCACCCUCCUGCCCACUGCCAGGGAGAACCAAGGCAGCAUUGAUGGCAGAGAUGGUAGAAAGAAACAGCCAAGAUGGUGCAAUGUCUGUCAAGUCCACUUCAGCUGUGACCUAAUCAAACACCGUCGGACUCAGGAACAUAAGAUGGCAAAACGCUCUCUAAGACCAUUCUGCACAGUGUGCAGCCGCCACUUCAAGACUCCACGCAAGUUUGUAGAGCACGUGAAAUCCCCAGAGCACAAACAAAAGUCACAGGAGGUCAAGCUUCGUGAGAAAGAGCCAUGGAACAUGGAAGAGUCAGAGGACUUGAUCACGGUGGAUGCGGUGGGUUGUUUUGAGGAAGAGGAUGACGACAAUGAGGAAGAAGAGGGGAUCAGUGCAGAUGAAACUGCUGAAGACAUAGAGUGCUUAACGGUACAAGGCGCUGACAGGAGUGCUGACCAUGAAGAAGCCGAGGAAUACAAUCCAGACACUGCCUAUGGCCUGGAUUAUAUGGUCCCCGUCGAGGGUUAUCUCUGCAGGCUGUGUCACAAAUUCUAUCCUAGUGACUCUGCUGCCCGGCUCACACACUGCAAGUCCUUGGUGCAUUUUCAGAACAUCCAGAGAUACAAAGCCCUAAAGAAUCGAAUAACUUCCCAAGGGGGAGUUCCUUUAAAUUCGGAGGAUGAAAGAGAGAAAACAGCUAGCGUGAUCAGUCACAGAGAUGAAGACGUUAUUACUCUGGCAGAAAAGAGCAAUACUGUACCAGCAAAGCUGGCCGGCAAGAAUCGAGCAAGAGAAAUGAUUGAAAGUGGUAUUGAAUAUUCUAAUGCAGAUAUUGUUGUGGGUACAAGUGAGGAAGAUUCUGGGUACGUUAUGGAACCAGAGUUGGCGCUGAUCAUAAGUGAACACUGUUCAGAGGGAGAAAAAUCCACAGUGGACAAUGAAACCUCCUAUGGUGAUGGCACAUUGAGUCCCAUCCACCACGAGCUCAGAUAGGUCUACAGAC